UCUUUUCUUUUUGUGUUUUUUUUUUUUAAUAAGAAAAAGCGAAGCAUCAUUCGUUCAGAUCAGAUUGUCCGGUUGUACAAGUGAAUGAAUACUGUAGUAAGUAAGUAAGAAGUAGCCGGAACAACUUGUACUUAUUCACCCAACUCACCAUUCUUCUUCUUCUUCUUCUUCUUCUUCUCACCAUCUCUUUCUUUAAUCUAUAAACUACCUAACACAUAAAUAUCCUCUUUCUCUCUCUCUAAAUCGGCCUAACCCAAGAAAAAUACAAGAUAUGGCUUACAAAUCCCUAGACGCCAUCUCUGUAUCCGAUAUCCAAGCGCUUGGCAUAGCUUCACCAGCAGCAGAGAAGCUUUUCAAAGAAAUUUCCGACAUCAUAACUCAUUACGGCGCUGCCACUCCUCAAACAUGGAGCCGUAUCUCCAAACGCCUCCUUAACCCCGACCUUCCUUUCUCUUUUCAUCAAAUCAUGUAUUAUGGAUGCUAUAAGGACUUCGGUCCUGACCCGCCUGCUUGGUUACCCGAUCCGAAAACUGCAGGAUUCACAAAUGUAGGGAAGCUCUUAGAGAAGCGUGGAUAUGAAUUCUUAGGUUCUAACUAUUUGGAUCCUAUUUCCAGUUUCUCUGCUUUUCAGGAGUUCUCUGUUUCCAAUCCUGAGGUUUAUUGGAAAACUGUGCUGGAUGAAAUGAGUGUUUCAUUCUCUGUACCUCCUCAAUGUAUUUUACGUGAGGACAGCCCCUUGUCGAAUCCAGGUGGACAAUGGCUUCCUGGGGCACAUCUGAAUCCUGCAAAGAAUUGUCUGAGCUUGAAUUCUGAAUCAAGUUCUAAUGAUGUAGCUAUUACAUGGCGCGAUGAAGGAAGUGAUCAUCUACCCGUAAGCUGCAUGACGCUUGAGGAAUUGCGCACUGAGGUUUGGUCAGUUGCAUAUGCACUGAAUGCACUGGGUUUGGACCGAGGAGCUGCAAUUGCGAUUAAUAUGCCAAUGAAUGUCAAGUCUGUGAUUAUCUACCUGGCCAUUGUUCUGGCAGGUUAUGUUGUUGUAUCUAUUGCUGAUAGCUUUGCUCCAGUUGAGAUAUCAACAAGGCUUAAAAUUUCACAAGCUAAAGCUAUUUUCACUCAGGAUCUUAUAAUUCGUGGUGAGAAAAGUAUUCCCUUAUACAGUAGAGUUGUGGAUGCUCAAUCUCCUAUGGCAAUAGUUAUUCCUACAAAAGGUUCUAAUUUCAGCAUGAAAUUGCGCGAUGGAGAUAUUUCCUGGCGGGAUUUCUUAGAAAGAGUUAAUAAUUUAAGGGGAAAUGAAUUUGCUGCUGUAGAUCAACCAGUAGAAGCAUAUACAAACAUCCUCUUCUCAUCUGGAACUACAGGGGAGCCAAAGGCAAUUCCGUGGAUCAAUGCAACUCCUCUCAAAGCUGCGGCAGAUGCAUGGUGCCACAUGGAUAUCCGCAAAGGUGAUAUUGUUGCUUGGCCCACUAACCUCGGGUGGAUGAUGGGACCUUGGUUGGUGUAUGCUUCAUUAUUAAAUGGGGCUUGCAUUGCUUUAUAUAACGGAUCCCCCAUUGGUUCUGGCUUUGCCAAGUUUGUACAGGAUGCUAAAGUAACAAUAUUGGGUGUUAUACCAAGUAUUGUACGGACAUGGAAAAGUACGAAUUGCACUGCUGGCUAUGAUUGGUCUGCUAUUCGUUGCUUUGGCUCCACUGGUGAAGCAUCGAAUGUAGAUGAAUACUUAUGGUUGAUGGGGAGAGCUCACUACAAGCCCAUUAUUGAAUAUUGUGGUGGCACAGAGAUUGGAGGUGCAUUCAUUACGGGGUCUUUAUUACAGCCUCAAUCAUUGGCUGCUUUUAGCACACCAACAAUGGGUUGCAGCUUGUUUAUUCUUGGCAAUGAUGGCUAUCCAAUUCCACAUAAUGUACCGGGGAUGGGUGAACUGGCUCUUGGUUCACUCAUGUUUGGAGCUUCAAGUUCACUGCUAAAUGGUGACCACUAUAAAGUGUACUAUAAAGGAAUGCCAGUGUGGAAUGGAAAGAUUCUUCGAAGGCAUGGGGAUGUCUUUGAGCGUACUUCUAGAGGAUACUAUCAUGCACAUGGUCGUGCAGAUGAUACAAUGAAUCUUGGGGGUAUCAAGGUAAGUUCUGUUGAGCUUGAACGCCUUUGUAAUGCGGCUGAUAGCAGCAUCCUCGAGACAGCUGCAAUAGGGGUGCCACCUCCUCAAGGUGGACCAGAGCGUUUGGUAAUCGCUGUUGUAUUUAAGCAUCCAGAUAAUUCAACCCCGGAUUUGGAAGAGCUGAAGAAAUCUUUCAAUUCAGUUGUGCAGAAGAAGCUAAAUCCUUUGUUCAGGGUUUCUCGUGUAGUGCCUCUUCCUUCUCUACCAAGGACAGCAACAAACAAGGUCAUGAGAAGGAUUCUGCGGCAGCGAUUUGUUCAACGAGAGCAAAAUUCUAAAUUAUAGACGAUACUUGUUUGUAGUUAAUAAAAGUGAAGGCAUAAUCCGCAUUCGACUCAAAUUGUCGAGGGCAUACAAGGAUUGAAUUCUCCACAUCUCUUUCAGAAAAUCCGAACUACCAGGAAAGGAAAGAAUAGAAAGAAGAAAAUCAGGUUCUGUUUCAUGUUGUACAAGCAUCCUCUCAUCCACCCCCGAUGGGAUGGAUUUUCUUUGUGAAUAAAUUGUACAAUUGGGUUCCAGCAGAGACACUAUUAGUGUUAUGAAUAUGCUAAUGCCAAUGCCCAUUUGCAGGUUUA